ACCAACUCGAACAUCGGACCGGACAGCGAGUGUCAGGGACUCUAGACAACACAGACCGCAAACACCUUCUCUUAUAUUUGCGGAGUUUUUUUUUCAGGCUAGAACGUUUCACCAUGUAUCUCAAACUAUUUAUCUUUUUGUUGGUUGGAAACGUAGCAACGGCUGCGUUUUCUAACGGGAGUUCCAUCGGGAGGUCGUUUACCAGAUGGAACCAGUUGGUCACCGAUGAGCCGUUGGAUCUAACAGAACUAGACGACGUUGUAGUCAACACCUCGGCGCAGAGCACAAACAAGUCAACAUCUGGACCCAAUAACAGAUCCAGAGCUGUACAGGUGACACGCAGGUACUUCCUGUCGGAGGAGGUGCAGAGCUUCCUCCGCGGCAGGGUGUCCACCAUCUUCAUCCCGUCGGUCUACGCCCUCGUCUUCGUCGUCAGCGUGCCGCUCAACGCCGUCGCCGCAGUUACCUUCGCCCGGAAGAUCCGGCCCAUGAAGCCGGCGGUGGUGUACAUGCUGAAUCUGGCCUGUGCUGACCUGCUCUUUGGCCUCCUGCUGCCCUUCAAGAUGUCCUACCACUUUGGCGGCAACGACUGGACGUUCGGCCCGGGGAUGUGCAGCUUGGUCACGGCUGCUUUCUACUGCAACAUGUACUGCUCUGUCCUCCUCAUCGCCUCCAUCAGCGUGGACCGGCUGCUGGCUGUGGUCUACCCCAUCCAGUCACUCUCCUGGAGGAGCUCCAGGAAUGCGGCGCUAGCCUGCGCCGGCAUGUGGGUCCUGGCUGUGGGCGGCUCCCUGCCUCUGCUCGUCUCCCGGCAGGACUUGUACCACGAGCAGCUGGGCCUCACCACCUGCCACGACGUCCUGGACGAGGACCUCCAGGGCCGCUACCUGUACUUCUUCCCCGCCUUCUCCUGCCUCCUCUUCUUCCUGCCUCUCCUCGUCACCUCCGUCUGCUACGCGCGGGUCAUCUGGGCGCUGAGUGUGGUCCCGCUCGGGGUCGUGGGUCGUUCGCGGAGGAAGGCCCGGGCUGUGGUGAUGGCGGCGGCCGUGCUGGUAGUGUUCGUGGUCUGUUUCACGCCCACCAACUCCCUGCUCGUGGCUCAUUUCCUGCAGUUUGCUGAAGAGGGCAGGGCCGGGGGGGGCGACGCCCUGUACGGAGCCUACCUGGUGUCAGUGUGUGUGGGCAGUCUGAGCUGCUGUCUGGAUCCCCUGGUCUACUACUACGGCUCGUCGCAGUGCCAGAGACACCUGGCCAGCGUGCUCUGUUGUCGGGCUGGUCCGAAGGGUGGCAAGGGUCUGUACUCUGGUUCGAGCAGGUCCAGCACUAGAACCAGCUCCGGAACCUCUGCUCGGAUCACCAAGGUGAACGCAUUCCAAGAGAGUCACAGCAGCCAGUGCCAGAAGCUACUGGUCUGAGAGGGAGACACGUCUGUGUUCUGAUUGGCUGACUGACUGUUUGGCGCACACGCCCAACUCCCAAAAUGAAGAAGAGAAUUGUGAACUUCCACUGUCAACCAGAUCAAGGAAACCCAAGUUCAAGCUUUCCCUGGGAUAACUUAAGUCCUGUUUAUAUUUGUGUAUGACCUACACAGCUCUUAAAGCUAACACUGAACAAUAAAGCUACAUUGAUCUUUUCACAACCAAUCUUUAUGUAUGUUGUUUGAAUUAAUUUAGCUUUGUGUUGUCUCUUAUAAGAUACUCUAUUACAGCUGAUUCAUACAAAUGUUUGUAUUUUGUUGCAUAUUGUUAAACGUAUAAACCGCCUGCAUUAAUGCUGUGCACUGUAACCUAACGGAAGUCACAUAAUUGCAGUCCUUCACUUGCGUUAGGCUGCCCUCUGCUGGAAUACAAGAGUCAAAACCUUCUUGGUGCUGUUCAGGUGUAGUUCCUGCAGGUGGCGCUACAUAUACAGCUAAGGUCAGUAUAGGACUUUUUAGAGCUGUGCUCUAAUAUCUCUUUUGCUACUGUCUCUGAACAACUGAAAGCCAAAUAAAUAAAUAAUGUUUGGAGUAA